UCCUUCAAGAAUUCUCAAACGUCGCAGGACAAAACACUUCUAGUGGUGCCUCCUUCACCCUUGACAGCUGCUUCACUAUGACCACGAAUAUCUCAGAUAAUCUGAGGUACAACUCCAAGCUAUACAAGGACAACAACGAGCUACAGCGUGGCAUUAACCUGAAGGCCAUGGACUUCCUUCACAUGACUUUCGCGCCGGACGACAACACCGAGAACCAGCAAUUCUUGGACAUAGGCUGCGGUACCGGGGACUUCACUCGGGACUGGCUACUGCCUAGAUGCUCUCCCUGCCGUAGACUCGUCGCCGUUGAUGCGUCCGAAGAUAUGCUCUCCUAUGCUCGUACAAACAGCUCGCAUCCCAAAAUACAAUACGAUUACCUGAACAUAGGUGAUGACGUUACGGAUUUCCUCGGAAAGUACGGAACAUUCGAUCGGAUCUACUCCUUUUUCUGCCUCAAUUGGCUAAAGGACCAGGCGGAGGCCAUGAGGAAUUUGUCACGACUGCUGACGCCAUCUGGAGAGUGUCUCCUGCUGUUUCCCGCCUGGUCACCCACGCGGGCGCUGUGGAAGGAGGUGGCGCAGCUCGAUCGUUGGAAAAAGUUCUCGAACGUCUUCAACGAGUUCACGCCAAAAAGUCAGGACUUGGAGGACGACAAGGCGAGACUGUCCUACCUGCGCAAUAUCCUUGACUCUGCCGGCCUUGCCGCCAACACCUGCGAGCUGCUUUAUGUGAAGAUUGAUUUCAGUGAAUCUAUUCAGGCUGCCGUUGAUAUCAACCUCUCCGUAAAUCCCGUGGUGGCAUCGCUGUCGCCAGAAGAGGAAGAACUCUUCCGCAAGGACGUGACCAACAAGGUUCAGAAAUGGAUAUACGCCGACAAGAACGAGAUACAGCGCCGCCUCAACCUCAAUACCCUGAAUUUGCUUCACCUGGCUUUCACGCCGGCCAACACCGAGAACCAGCAGUUCUUGGACAUAGGCUGUGAUAUCCAGCUCUCCGUAAAUCCCGUGGUGGCAUCGCUGUCGCCGUAA